AUGUCGGCCGUCUUCAACACCACCCGGCUGCACAACAAGACGGUGCUCGUCACGGGCGCAUCCGGCGGCAUCGGCAAGUCGACGGCCAUCCUCUUUGCGCGCGCCGGCUGCAACGUCGUCCUCACCGCCCGCCGCGCAGACGCCCUCGCCGCCGCCGCACAGCAGUGCGCAGACGCCAACCGCGCCGGCCAGUCGGGCGCCGGCGGCAACUUUGCCGCAAUCACGCUCGACAUGGCCGACCGUGCCCAGCUCGACGGCCUCCUCGGCCAGCUGCCCGACUGGGCUAGGAACGUCGACAUCCUCGUCAACAACGCCGGCCUCGUACUCGGCACCGACAAGGUCGGCGACAUCGACCCGGACGAGAUCGACGUCAUGCUCAACACCAACGUCAGGGGCCUCAUCCACCUCUCCCAGAUCUUUGUCCGAGAGUUCAAGAAGCGCCAGAGCGGACACAUCAUCAACCUCGGCUCCAUUGCUGGGCGAGAGGGCUACCCGGGUGGCAGCAUCUACUGCGCCACCAAGUUUGCCGUCAACGCCUUCACCUCGGCGCUCCUAAAGGAGCUCGUCGACACGCCCAUCCGAGUGACCGAGAUCCAGCCCGGAAUGGUCGAGACCGACUUUUCCGUGACGCGCUUCCGGGGCGACAAGUCGGCCGCCGACCAGGUCUACGCCGGCCUGCAGCCCCUGACGCCCGACGACAUCGCCGAGGAAAUCGUCUGGGCCGCCUCGCGCCCGCCCCACGUCAACAUUGCCGAGUCGCUCGUCUUCCCCGUCAACCAGGCCAGCCCGUACCACUCGUACCGCGGCGGCGCGGCUGGUGGCGCUGCGAAGAAGUAG